GGCGGGGCGGCGGUGGGGCGGGGCCGGGCCCCCGCGCCCUUGGCCUUCGUCUCCGCAGACUGCCGCCGAGCGUCAUGGCCUCGGAUCCACGCGGGAAGGCGGCGACGCUGGCUCAGCGGCGGCGACUGCUCAGCUCUUCCUGCAGACUCUUUUUUCCUGAGGAUCCUAUUAAGAUUAUCCGGAGCCAAGGGCAGUACAUGUAUGAUGAACAGGGGGAGGAAUACAUCGAUUGCAUCAACAAUGUGGCUCACGUUGGACACUGCCACCCUCUCGUGGUCCAAGCAGCACAUGAACAGAACCAGGUGCUCAACACCAACAGCCGAUACCUGCAUGACAACAUCGUGGAUUUCGCACAAAGGCUGUCUGAGACCCUGCCAGAGACGCUCUGUGUGUUCUAUUUCCUGAAUUCUGGGUCGGAGGCCAACGACCUGGCCCUGAGGUUGGCCCGCCAGUACACGGGACACUGGGAUGUGGUGGUGUUGGAGCACGCUUACCACGGCCACCUGAGCUCCCUGAUUGACAUCAGCCCAUACAAGUUCCGGGACCUGGAUGGCCAGAAGGAGUGGGUCCACGUGGCACCUCUCCCAGACACCUACCGGGGCCUCUACCGGGAGGACCAUCCCAAUCCAGCUGAGGCCUAUGCCGGAGAGGUGAAGCGUGUGGUCAGCAGUGCACAGGCACAGGGCAGGCAGAUCGCUGCCUUCUUUGCUGAGUCCCUGCCCAGUGUCGGGGGGCAGAUCAUUCCCCCUGCUGGCUACUUCCCGGAAGUGGCGAAGCACAUCCGCAAGGCCGGAGGGGUCUUUGUUGCAGACGAGAUUCAAGUGGGCUUUGGCCGAGUAGGCAAGCACUUCUGGGCCUUCCAGCUGCAGGGGGAAGACUUCGUCCCCGACAUUGUCACCAUGGGCAAGUCCAUUGGCAAUGGCCACCCUGUAGCCUGUGUGGCCACAACCCAGGCUGUGGCGAGGGCGUUCGAAGCCACCGGUGUUGAGUACUUCAAUACGUUUGGGGGCAACCCGGUGUCCUGUGCAGUGGGGCUGGCCGUCCUGAAUGUCUUGGAGAAGGAGCAGCUGCAGGCUCAUGCUGCCCAUGUGGGCAGCUUCCUGAUGGAGCUUCUCAGGCAGCAAAAAGCCAAGCAUCCCAUCAUCGGGGACAUCAGGGGCGUCGGGCUCUUCAUUGGUGUGGAUUUGAUCAAAGAUGAGGCCACAAGGACACCAGCCACCAAAGAGGCUGACUACUUGGUGUCCAGGCUGAAGGAGAAUCACAUUCUGCUGAGCACUGACGGCCCUGGGAGGAACGUCCUGAAGUUUAAGCCCCCGAUGUGCUUCAGCCUGGACAAUGUACAACAUGUGGUGGCAAAGCUGGAUGCCAUCCUAACAGACAUGGAAGAAAAGUUGAGAAGUUGUGAGACACUGAGGUCCCAGCCCUGUGGCAGUCCUGCCAAGCCAUGUCCUUCCCUAGGAAAAAAUGAAGCACCCCACUCAAAUGUACAGUGGUGCCCAUGAUCUCCAAUGUACAGAAGAAAGCCACUGAGGCUCAGGGUGGGGCUUGCUGAGGCCACACUGCUACCUCCACCCCUCCCCUCAACCCCUGGUCUGCUGUUGGGAUGGGCCAAAAGCUUAUGUCCCCUUGGGGCCUAGAGUUGGUUUCUUCUUUGUUCAAACACCUGCCCACCAUAGAUGGAGGCAGGGUCAGGGACCUUCCGGUGCUCCCAAUGAAAUCAAAAGUGUGUUUUUUAAACCAAGUACUCCGGUACAUACUCCACUCCCAACUAAGACCAGUAUAAAAACCUUUUACAUAAGACGUCCCCAUGCGAGCACACUCCUAUAAAGAACUGGCAAAUUACC